AGUCAGCCUGACAAUUUCGUAAACAAUCGAUAAAUGGGAAAAUCUUCCUGUUUUUCCUCGAUACGCUUUUGUUGACAUUUCCCCGCUCUAUAUUUAGGAGCCCGCUGGUUUGGCCUUUAAAACCCCCAACUGAAUCAAAAUUUGCGAGUCGACCGCAGUUUCCCAACCGAUUAGAUAAUUGUGUUGAACCUUUGCAUUACUUCCGCAAGAUUGAUAACGCGUUACUCAAACAGCAAUUUUUAAUUUGGAGUAAAAUCAAAAAUCCUACAAGACAAAUUGAGCCAUUGUUAUCUUAUCAAAUAUAAUAAUAAUAAUGGGCUGAUACAACAAUUGCGAUUUGCUCCUGAUUAAAGCGAUAUUAAUUGAGAUAGAUAAGGAAUUAAUCAAAUUUCUGUUGUCAACUUGUUGCUUCGCCCCUCCGCAAGUCGAUCAUGUGGCCGAAAGCGCGCUAGGCCACCCCUAAUUAAGUUCCACAAAUUGUUCUUCUCGCACCAUGCAACAGGAAGGAGUAAUUAUCAUCCAGUCAUUCACCCAGUUUCAUUGAUAAGUGCGCCGUGAGUCAGGAGUGCGUGGAGGGGUGCAUGGGCCGUUCAAGGGGGUGUUGUUGCAUUUAUAACCGAGAACAACAGCAUGUGUUGGCACUAACUGAGCCUGGACCCCCGACCCCGGGCCAUCUCACGCUAAGUCCCCCCAAGCGCUGCAAGCUGGAUACCCCGAGCGUGAGCCUGCCGACGAGUCCGUGCGCCGAGAGCGCGACCCUCCAGAGGGCCCUCGUCCUGAAGAAGGUCAAGACGCUGGACCCCGACGGGCUCAAAGUCAAGCUCGAGGCGGCCCGGCAUGGCCCCAAGUCCUUCAUCGUGCUGGACUGCCGCCCGUUCAUCUCCUACAACGUCAACCACAUCAACGGGGCCAUCAACAUCAACUGCUCGGACAGGUUCAACCGGCGCCGGCUGCAGCAGGGGAAGGCCACCCUGGCCGACCUGGCCACCACGAGGGAGGGAAAAGACGUGCUCAAGCGGAGGGCCUUCAAGGAGGUCAUCGUCUACGACGACAACACGUGUGAUAAAGAGCGGAUUACGACAGCGCAGCCCCUUCUUCUCGUGCUUUCCUCCCUCGUCGAAGACAACAAGGAGCCGGCGCUCCUCAUCGGAGGUCACACCGAAUUCCAUCGUAAACACAAGGAUUUGUGCGAAGACACUCUGGUCACCGGCCUAUCAUCUCGGGGCCUGCCCUCGUCGGCCUCCUGUCCGGCCCUCGCCGACAUAGACUCGCAUCCUGCCUCUCGAGUGCUGCCCUUCUUGUAUCUGGGCAACAGCAAGAAUGCAGCUGACUUGUCCUGUCUACAAGAUCUGGGCACCACCUGCGUUCUUAAUGUUACACCACAGCUGGCGGGGUACCACGAAACCUGCGGGAUCACGUACAAGCAAAUACCUGCCACCGACAACGGACAUCAAAACCUCAAACAGUAUUUUGAAGAGGCUUUCGAAUUCAUCGAGGAAGCGCGGAACAACGGGCUGCGGGUGUUGGUGCAUUGCCAGGCCGGAAUUUCCCGCAGCGCCACAAUAGCGAUCGCUUAUAUAAUGAAAUAUAAACAAAUGUCGAUGGUUGAGGCGUACAAACUGGUGAAAGCUUGCCGGCCGAUAAUAUCCCCGAAUUUGAAUUUCAUGGGCCAACUGUUGGAGCUAGAACAAAGUUUACGUAGUGGUAGCAAUAACAACAAUCAUCAGUGUCGCUGGAGCCAGCAGUCCAGUGACGAAGUGACACAAGGCUGUAGUGUUUGAAUGCGUUAUGAACUCUAGGGGUUUGGAGUGGAGCCUCACAUUAAAUAAAUUUUAGUCAUUCAACUCGCCAUUUAAUUUGCAUUCUAGUCUAUGAUUGGUGAAGCAUUGAUUUUGGGAAGAGAGAGCUUUAAUAGUCGCGGAUUUAUCGCAGCCUUUGCAAAUUUGGGUAGCUUUAAAUUACUAAUUUAACGACAUGAUCAAUGCUUUACUGUUUGAGAAAAUGGCUGUGUACCAAUAAAGAUAUUCACUAUAAGAUAGUAUGCAGUAGAAAUUAUGAUUUUGCGUAUUUUUUACUUCCAAGCAGCUGGUUUCAAGUGUGGCUAGUGGUCGAGGAAUUAGUCGUGGAAUGAAUUCAGUGAUUUUGAAGUAGGUUGAGUCAAGUCGUGUUGUCGCAAAAUGAAGUAAUUUCAUAAGCAGACAUCGGUUCUUAGUGUAUUUUAUUUAUUACUUAUAUGAAUUUAUAUAUCAGAAACCUAACUAUGUAAAGUUCUACGGGUUCGAGUCCCACUAUUAUAUUAUGUCAUAAAACGUUGCCAUAGUUUAUCAUGAAAAUAAGUCAGUGUUUUAGUUUUAGUUAGUAAUGAUUAAUCGUAUGUUUUUUAUGUUGAUCUAUAUUUAAAGGACUUUUGUUUGGAAUAUUACUUUAGUUUCGAUUAAUAAGGAAGUAUUUUUUAUGACUAGAGAAUCAACAUAUUUAUUGAAAUUGUCGUUGUGAUUUUUCUCAUAGUAUCUUAAGCCUUGGCGUGAACGAUUAGGUAGAAAAAGGUGCGAAAUGAUGGGAUGGUGAACUACCAGGUCUUUAAUUACCUAUUAGGUGCACACUGUAUAUUUAGCGACACCAUCGCAUUAACAAAAUUGUGCCUUCACUAUUGUUUUGUAAGGAACUUAUUUAUAAAAAUUCAGACUGUCCA